ACCAACGGCGCCUUGUACGAAGCAACUUCCGGGUCAAGAAGUGUUGUAGUUGUUGGCGGAACAGAAGCUAACGGAGCUAACAGGUGAACAUGAAAGAGAACAGAUGGCGGCAGAUUUCAGUGUGACGUGGACGGAGAGGCGGCGUCCAGCAGAAGAAGACAUUUGUCCUCUGGAGGUCAAAUCGUUUAGGACGGAUGGAGGGACGGACGUUUUCCGGACAGAACGGAGGUCAGAGACAGCGUCCACACCUGGAACAGAACGUCCCACUGAUGAAAGACAGCAGGUCACAACAUCUGUCUCAGGUGAGGGGACGGUCACCAUAGAGACCUGCGAACUAAGUGAUGAUGAAAUGGGCCGACUGGACAUCGACCUGGACAGGAAAUCCAGAGAGCUCAACCUGACAUGCAGCAACGUGCGCGCCAUCCUACAUGAGGUGAUUACCCAUGAGCGCGUGGUGGCGAUGAUGAAGGCGGCAAUCAGAGACACUCAGGACCUGCCCAUGUUUGAGGCGAAAAUGACUCGGUCCAGACUGAAACAAGCCGUCCAGCAGGGACAGCCACUAAACUGGAGUCUGUCAGCACUGAACUCAGUCAAGCCUCCUCAGUUUGUUGACAUUGAUCUUGAGGAAGAUGAAGAUUCGUCUGAUGAGGAGUAUUGUCCUGACGAAGAGGAGGAGGAAGACACAGCUGAGGAGAGCUUCCUCAGUGAUGGAGACAGCCUGGCUUCCCCUCCCAGAAUGCAGCUGGGCUCACAAACCAAACCUCCAGCAGACCAGAGAGCUGAAGAAUCCCUACAGAGAUGUCCAGCACACCUGAGGGAACACAUGAGGACGUCCACCUGCUGUCCUCAGCAGCUGCUCUCUGCUCCGAUUGAGUCCUCCUUCAUGGAGAGACUAAACGCUGUGGAGGAGGAGCUGGACUGCAGCUCCGCCUACACCUAUGGCCAGUCUCUGGACAGAAAACCUGAUGAUGAUAAUGAUGAUGAUGAUGGUGGUGAUGAAGGUUCCAGCUGUUUGGCAUACCGCACACGCUCCAAGCUUCGUCUGGUUAACAUCCCUCUGGGUCAGUUGGAGGCGGAGCUUCUUGCCCCUGACAUCACAGCAGACAUGUAUGAUCAGAGUCACGCCCAGCGAGAGGAGGACCGUCAUUGGACGAGAUGGCUGCAGAGUCUCAUGGCGCCUGAUUGUGAAGAUGAAGCCGAUGACGACGAUGAUCCCGAGUACAACUUUGUGGAAGAUCUGGAUGAACCGGACAUGGAGGACUAUCGGACGGACCGGGCCGUGCAGAUCACCAAGAAGGAAGUAAAUGAGCUGCUGGAGGAACUCUUUGACACACUGAAGGACGAGGAUGUGGCCGCUGAGGAGGAGGAGGAGGAGCAGGAAGAAGAGGAGGCUCCAUCACAGACUAGACCAAAAUUCAAUGUCCCCCAGGCUUUACGUUUUGAGGCACCGUUAGCUAGCAUGUUGACGGAGCGACGGCAGACGGUCAGGAAACGCUAUGAAGCUCUGCAGCAGAGGAGAGCACUGCAAGACACAACUAAUCAGCUCCGGAACAACACAAAUGCCAAUGACACACCAUCCAAUAACAUCACCUCCAUCUUAGUGCUGCCGAGCUGGACCUGCCCUUCCCUCCACCUGGACUACACCCAGAGGCUGCAGCUACAGCAGCAAGUACAGCAGCAUGUGCAGCUGCUGACUCAGGUACACCUGCUGAGUCGCCGUAUCGAUGCCCUAAACCACGAAGCUUGCAUCACCAAACACUACCUGGUGGAGCUGCAACACUUUGCCCGUCGCCGGGAGGACGUUCGUCUCCGCAGCAGUUUCAGAGUGUGCAACCUGCAGGGGGCGCUGGAUCUCCUGCAGGAGAAGGAGCAGAGGGAGGAACCUCCGCCUGCUCCUCCUGCUCCACCUGCUCCUGCGGUCUCCAGACGCUGGCUACCGAGAAUGACUCCUGCAACCAACAGCCACGCCUUCCCUGUGCUGCCUGCAGACACCGCCUGGUUGUUCGCCACCCGAUCCGUCUUUCUCUACCCAGAACUGCUUCCUGUCUGCAGCCUGGACCCCGCUCUCCACAGCAGACACCACAGGAGUGUUUACACUGCAGGAGAGGAUGGGCUGAUUGUUCUGGGCCUGAAGCACUUCGAGGGCACGGUCCAUUCAGAUCAGCUGAUCAGCUCGUACCUGCUCUGCAAGAGUCGAUGGAACUUCAGGAAACACAUCAGAGAGAUGAGCAGUUCGAGAGCGCCACGCAACAACAUCAUCAAGACCUUCCUGACGCAGGGAGUCGUUCCUCCAUUGCCGCUUGCCUGCAGCAGAGUUCAGCCAGAAGACCAACGCCCCCCAGUGGACAGAAACACCUCCAACAUCCCAAACUGGCUCAAGAACAGUCAGCAGAUCAUCCAGAAGACCCGGCUAGAUUCCACCUGUUACCCGCCCACCCUCCCUCCAGGUUGCGCCCUCAGGCUCCACCCCUAUUGGCUCAACAGGUCUUCCCGCCCACCUCCCCGUCCCCACAGACGGCUCUUCACUCUGGCCCACAAUGCAUCUCUGUUGCCCCUCGCCAAAGCCCUGACAGAUAGACAGAUAGACCUGUCUCUUCCUUCUCCAGGUGCUUCGUUACUCUCUGACCCCCCUGCUGUGCCAGCAGGCCUACCAUUGGCUCCAGCUCCUGUCAGUGGGGCCAUCCAAUUUGCUACUGUUCAUCCAGUCUCCUCCCAUCCUGACGUCAUCCAGUCCUGCCGUCCUAUUGGCCACAAUCUGCAGCAAAAUGUUUCUGAGCAAGAACACCUCACCCCCAUCCCAUUCCUCCUCCCACUGCCCUCCCUGUCCAGCCAUAAAGCUACAAAUCCCAUAAUGCCUUGCUCAGAUACAGUUGUGAAGCCCAGCUACUUCCUCCUCCAGAUGAUGUGGCCGCCACCGCCUGCCCCCGCCACCACCUCCCAGCAUGCUCUUGGGUACCAGCAGCCUCGUGCUCCAAUCAAAAAAGAGCACGAAGAGGAGAAUAACACAAAGCCACGCCCCACACCUGCACGGGUGAGGCAACGGCAGGAGUGGGAGGAGAAGUCAAGUGUUUGUCGCAUCAGUUUGGAUGGAGGAGAAAGCAGUGGAGGGGAGGAGCAGAGGAGUGAGGGGACGGAUGGAGGAGGAGACCGGGAGGAGGAGGGUGGGGAAGAUGGACAGGAGGGAGAAGAAGACAGGGAGGAGAGAGGAGGAGAGAGGGAGGACGGGGGAGGCGAAAGGGAAGACGGAGGAGGAGAGAGGGAGGAUGGAGCAGAAGACGAGGAGGACGGAGGGGGAGAGAGGGAGGACGGGGGAGGAGAGAGGGAGGAUGAUGGAGACAAAGACAGGGACGAAGAUCAGGACCGGCAGGGCGAGGAGGAGGAGGAUUUUGAUGACCUCACACAGGAUGAAGAUGAGGAGGAAGUGAUGUCAUCAGCGUCAGAGGAGUCAGUGCUGUCCGUUCCAGAGUUACAGGAAACCAUGAAGCAGCUGACGUGGCUGGCAGCAGAGCGGAGGCUCUGUGCAGACGGAGACUCAGAGGAGGACCACUCUCCAACGUCUCCUGGUUCUCAGGAGGAGGAGGAGGAGGAAGAAGAGGAGGGACCGAAGGGAGAGGAGUCUGUGGAGGGACGGAGCAGUAAGGUGGAUUUAGAUGAGGAGACGCCGUCAGGAGAGAGGACGCCCAGAGGAGGAAGGCGAUGUCCUGGACGAGGACGAGGUCGAAGCCGACCUCAUCGCAGUUUGAAGAGGAGCCGUCAGGAGCGUCACAGCAAAGACGCCGCUAAACUGUUGCUGCUUUACGAUGAAAACAUCCUCGACAACGACCCACACAGAGAGAGCAAAGACGUGGCGUUCGCCCAGAGUUACCUCAACAGGGUGCGUGAUGCGCUGCAGGACGUACCCGAGCAGAUGGAGGAGUUUGUGUCUCUGCUCAAUGAGUUUGAACAGGUAGGAGAAGGAGAGGAACUGUUGCUGCUCUACCGGAAGCUGCGCUGCAUCCUGGGAAACCGGGUGGACCUCCUCCAAGACUUUGCUGCAUUCCUGCAUCCAGAGCAGGCCCUGCAAUGUGGACUGUUGGAGGAGCAGCAGGCGUUUGAACGCAGCCGCCGUUUCCUGAGACAGUUAGAGAUCAGUUUCGGAGAUAAUCCGUCACAUUACCAGAAGAUUAUCAAAGCUCUGCAGACCGGUCCAGACCUGAGUUCAACCACUAUUCAUGAGCUGAAAGCUCAGAUGGCCACGCUGCUAAAAGGCCACACCCAUCUACAAGCUGAAUUCUGGGUAUUUUUUGAUGAGCUCCGCCCACCUCCAGCCCGCCCUGGACAGUUUGAAGAAGCUCAUUGGCCAGAGGAUGGAGGGGGUGGGUCAGACGGUGGAGAAGGGGUCAGUCAGGUGUUGGGAGGCGGGGCCUGUGGCGGCUUUGAGGAAGUGACACUGCCAGAGCUUGAAGAGGAAGAAGAGGGUCUUAAGAGCCAACCAAUGACAAACCGGCGCCAAAGGAGGAAGAUGGAUGGCCACAGAAACUACAAGGACCGUGACUGGUCAGAUAAACACUGGUCCUGCCUCUGUCCUGAUGCAAAGAUCCGCCAUCACAGGAGGAAAGAAUGCUCCCACUGCCAUGGCAACAAGACCUCUGGCGGCGUGUCCAGGGCCAUGAAGAGUCUGGAUCCUCUCUACUCUCAGAUAAGCUCUGCACAUGACGAACCAGGCGACAAAGACCUGGACCUGAAGGGAGGCGAUGACAGUCCACAGCCAGAUCGCAGUGGGGCAUCAUGGGAAGGCCCAUUCCCUCUGCCUGAUGAGAAGGAGGAGGAGGAGGAGGAGCUGGACGAUGAAGAGGGCGAUGACGAAGAGGAGGAGAGGAAGACCAUUGAGAAGGAGCAGGGUCUGAUGGGGAAGAGGAUCAGGAGAGAGGAAGGACAACAACUCCCAUCCAUCACCUCCUCCGUAACAUCCACCUGCUCCUCUGUCUUCACUUCUACAUCAGUUAGCUCCUCCUCUCCCUCUGCCUGCACCUCCUCCACUACCUCCUCCAUCACCACCUCCUCCAUUUCUUCCGUUUCUCCUUCUGUCACCACCUUCUCCAUCACCUCUUUUAUCACCUCCAUCACCUCCUCCUCCAUUUCUUCCAUUUCUCCCUCUGUCUGCACCUCCCCCAGCCACGGUUCUUCCUCUUCUGCUGCUCCUCGGCCCAGUCCUCCUCCUGACCUCCCUGUCUGUGCUAAGAACAUUUCUCUGACGGCGAGUGGAGAGAAAGUGAUCCUGUGGACCAGAGAAGCUGAUCGUGUCAUAUUGACAACGUGUCAGCAGGACGGGGCCAAUCAGGACACCUUUCAGGCCAUCUCCAGUCUGCUUGGCAACAAGACUCCUACUGAGGUGUCUCGCAGGUUUCGAGAUUUGAUGCGUUUGUUUCGGACAGCAGCUCGUCAGACCAGCUCUGAGGAUGAAGCCCCUCCCACUGAGACAGCAACAGCCAAUGAGGCAGAAGACUGAUAUUCACCAACGACCAACAGACUUAUGUUACCCAAUGAGAAGAACUGCUGAUUAGCAGCAGAAAAUAUUGUUGGAUAGAUGAGUAUUUUUAUUGUAAAAGACUUACUAAGUUUACUGUUCAUAACAGAAAUGUAAAUACGAGCUUUCACAUUAUUUAAUGUCUUUGUAAAAAUGUUCCAUUUUUUAAAUAUUAAAUCAGUUUUUCAUCACUCA